AGCUUCAAGAUGGUGCAACGCCUCACUUACCGCCGUAGGUUGUCCUACAACACAGCCUCCAACAAAACCAGACUGUCUCGAACACCUGGUAACCGAAUUGUGUACCUGUACACCAAGAAGGUUGGCAAAGCCCCCAAGUCGGCAUGUGGCAUCUGCCCAGGAAGACUGCGUGGAAUCCGCGCUGUAAGACCUCAGGUUCUGAUGAGGCUCUCAAAGACCAAGAAGCAUGUUAGCAGGGCCUACGGAGGAUCCAUGUGCGCCAAGUGUGUGCGUGACAGGAUCAAGCGUGCUUUCUUGAUUGAGGAGCAGAAGAUUGUGGUCAAGGUGCUCAAGGCACAAGCACAGAGCCAGAAGUUGAAGUGA